GUAAUAACUGGACGCUCCGCUCCGCUCCGAGAAAAACAAAACAAACCAUUAUAUUUAAAAUCUUUCAUCACUGGUUUUUCUUUAACCUACCAAUCCAUGCUUCAUCCGAUAAAACCUUCACAUUCCUUCUCAAAACCCUAACCACCUAAAUCACACCAAAUCGCCUUUUAUCUCUCAUAAUUGAACAUGGCCGUACCUUCUAGAGACCAAGCACUCUCGCUCCUCGCCGCCGCCAACAACCACGGCGAUUUAGCCGUGAAGCUCUCUUCUUUAAAGCAGGUCAGGGGUAUUUUGUCGUCUGCUGACCCGUCUUUAGCGGCUGAGCUCUUCCCUUACUUGGUCGAGCUUCAAUUUUCUCCUGAAACUCUCGUUCGAAAAUCUCUUAUCGAGACAAUUGAAGAUGUUGGGUUGAAAGCAAUGGAGCAUUCUUAUAUUAUUAUGCCUGUUUUAUUGGCAUUUUUGAGGGAUAGUGACUCUACUGUUGCAAAGCAAUCUAUUGUUACUGGCACGAAUUUCUUUUGCCGUUUUCUAGAGGAUAUAGCAUUACAGUUUCAUUGGAAUCGUAAAGUAGAGCGGUGGCUUGAAGAACUUUGGACGUGGAUGGUUAGGUUUAAGGAUGCUGUCUUUUCAAUUGCAUUAGAGCCUGGUUUCGUUGGGACAAAGUUGCUAGCACUGAAAUUUUUGGAAAUAUAUGUUUUACUUUUUACCUCUGAUACAAAUGAUUCUGAAAAGUUUACCACUGAAGCUGCAACAGGUGGUAGAAGGGCUUUCAAUAUAUCGUGGCUGGUGGGUGGACACCCGUUUUUAGAUCCUGUUACACUUAUGUCAGAAGCAAAUAGGACGCUUGGCACUCUAUUGGAUUUGUUGCAAUCAGCUAGUAAUCUCCCUGGUCCAGUGACAAUAACUGUUGUCAAUUGUCUUGCAGCUAUAGCAAGGAAGAGGCCGCUCCAGUAUAACACUAUUCUUUCUGCACUGUUUGAUUUUAAUCCAAACCUUGAGACGCUGAAGGGAUGUCAUGGUGUCAGUAUUCAGUACUCCUUAAGGACUGCCUUUUUGGGGUUUCUUAGGUGUACUCAUCCAGUCAUCAUGGAGUCCAGAGACAGAUUGCUUAGAGCUCUACGAGCAAUGAAUGCUGGGGAUGCUGCGGAUCAAGCUGUUCGACAAGUUGAUAAAAUGAUUAAAAAUUCUGAGCGUGCUUCACGUGAAACUUGGUUGGGCAGGGAUGAUCAAUCAUCAACCCAGCUGCCUGUGUUAGGGGAUCUGUCAAGAAAAAGGUCUAUGCUUCAAGAUAGUGAAGAGAUUAAUAAUGGUCCUGAGGCAGCUUCCAAGCGUAGCCGUUAUGGUCCUAACACCCAUUCAGCUUUGUCUGUUCAAAUAAAUGAUUCUGGAAAGGAUUUGGUUCCUGUUAAUGGAUUGUCUUCUUCUGUUCCUCUUUUGGAUAGUGAUUUGGCUCCUGUGGAACAAAUGAUUGCGAUGAUUGGUGCUUUGCUUGCUGAAGGAGAAAGGGGUGCUGAAUCACUUGAGAUACUUAUUUCAAAUGUUCAUCCUGAUCUGUUGGCUGAUAUUGUUAUAACUAAUAUGAGGCACCUGCCUAAGACUCCGCCACCUUUAACAAGGCUUGGGAGCUCGCCAGUAGCUCAACAGAUAAGCUCUUUAUGUAGUUCUGCCCAGGUUGCAGCACUUUCCACACACAUAAGUACCAUGCAGUCUCCAGUUCUCAGUACACAGUUACAAGUACCUCUUUCUUCAGCUACUGCAGUCAGUUCAUCUUUGUCGGAUACAUCCACUGUCAAUAUUCCUGCUGCAGAUUCUAAACGCGAUCCGAGAAGGGAUCCCCGGCGCUUGGAUCCACGGCGUGUCGCAACAUCUGUUGGAGUUCCUUCCAUACCUGUUGUGGAUGAUGCUGGUCCUGUGCAAUCUGAAUUUGAUGGUUCUACUUCUGUAAGUAGGCCUCCUUCACUAGCUAUUUUGACAACUGUCGAAAAUUCACUGGCACCUCUAAUGAUUAGCUCCAAAAGUGAUGAUAAGACUCUAGAAAGUCCAUCAGUUUCUAGAAUUGAUGAACCUAAUCCCAAGGAGGAUGGAUUUGUUGGAUCUGAAGAAAUUGUCCCCAGUUCAGAGACUUUCGCUUCAUCAGAUCACACCAUUUCUCCUCUUCACGCAGUUGAUGAAGAUUCUACUGCAGUGGAGUUGUCUGAUGUUGAAAUGCAUGGCACUGGUACAUCAGCUUUGCUAGAAUAUGAUCAGAAUUCUCCAGCUGUUUCUAUUGCAUCUGCAUCUGAGGAGACCUGUCGAGAUUUACCUCCGCCACCAUUAUAUUUUGAGCUGACUGAAGAACAGCAAAGAAGUGCAAGAAAAUUGGCUAUUGAACAGAUUAUUGAAUCUUCCAAAUGUCUUCUGGAGACAGGGUGUAGUGAGACAUGCAUGGGGUUGCUUGCUCGAUUGAUCACUCAGAUUGAUGCAGAUGAUGAGAUUAUUGUGAUGCUGCAAAAACAUGUAGUUGUUAAUUACCAACAGCAAAAGGGGCAUGAGCUUGUACUGCAUGUUCUUUAUCAUCUGCAUUCUCUUAUGAUCUUGGGUUCAAAUGAAAGCUCUUCAUAUGCUGCUGUUGUGUAUGAGAAAUUCCUCCUGGCAGUGGCCAAAUCUUUGCUUGACGCUUUUCCGGCUUCUGACAAGUCUUUUAGUAGGCUUCUUGGUGAAGUUCCAUUUUUACCUGACUCUGGCUUAGAACUUUUGGACAAUCUCUGUUCUUCCGAUGUUUUUGAUCUUCACGGAAAAGAGGUCCGUGAUGGUGAGCGUGUCACUCAGGGCCUUGGGGCUGUUUGGAGUUUGAUUUUGGGGCGCCCAACUAACCGGCUGGUCUGUUUAGAUAUAGCUUUGAAGUGUGCUGUUCAUUCACAAGACGAAAUUCGAGCAAAAGCUAUCCGGCUGGUGUCCAACAAACUCUUUCAGCUAAGCUACAUAACACAAAAUAUUGAGCAAUAUGCAACAGAUAUGAUGCUGUCUGUUCUAGAUCAGCAUCCUUCUGAUGUAGAGUGUUUUAAACCUGGGUCCAGUGAUCAAAGAGCCGAGGGGGAGGUUGGAAGCCAGGAGACAUCCAUUAGUGACUCUCAAGUUCCAGAGUCUAGAACCUCUGAAAUGGACUCAGUGAGGGGUGCACAAUCUGUUGCUCAUAGUGUUUCAACUGUGUCAGUUCCUGAAGCUCAACGUCUCAUUUCUUUAUUUUUUUCUUUAUGUACGAAGAAACCUAGUCUUCUUCAACUUGUUUUUAAUAAUUAUGUGCGAGCUCCAAAAGCAGUAAAGCAGGCUUUUCAUCGCCAUAUCCCAAUUCUUGUAAGGGCCUUGGGUUCAACUUGUUCAGAAUUAUUGCAUAUAAUAUCUGAUCCACCACAAGGAAGUGAAAAUCUCUUGACUCUGGUGCUGCAAAUAUUGACCCAAGAGACUACUCCUUCUUCCAGUCUAAUUGCCACUGUUAAACAUUUAUAUGAAACUAAGCUAAAGGAUGCCACAAUUCUUAUUCCGAUGCUUUCUUCACUUUCCAAGAAUGAGGUGCUACCUAUUUUCCCUCGCCUUGUUGACCUUCCAUUAGAAAAGUUCCAGAUGGCACUUGCUCACAUACUACAGGGUUCAGCUCAUACUGGUCCAGCUUUAACUCCGGUAGAAGUGUUGGUUGCAAUACAUGAAAUUGUUCCUGAGAGAGAUGGCCUUGCACUGAAAAAGAUAACAGAUGCUUGCUCAGCCUGUUUUGAGCAACGCACAGUUUUCACACAGCAGGUUUUGGCAAAGGCCUUGAACCAAAUGGUUGAUCAAACUCCUCUGCCACUACUCUUCAUGAGAACAGUAAUUCAGGCAAUUGAUGCUUUUCCCACUCUGGUUGAUUUUGUUAUGGAAAUUCUGUCCAAACUUGUGAGUAAACAGGUGUGGAGAAUGCCAAAGUUGUGGGUUGGGUUCUUGAAAUGCGUGUCUCAAACACGACCACAUUCUUUUCCUGUAUUGCUGCAGUUACCACCUCCACAACUUGAGAGUGCUCUGAAUAAAUACGCUAACCUCAGAGGUCCCCUAGCCGCAUAUGCUGGCCAACCAAGUGUGAAAACGUCAAUACCAAGAUCAACGCUUGGGGUUCUUGGUCUUGUAAAUGAAUCACAUUUGCAGCAGGCACAUAUUCCAUCUUUGCACCCCUCAGAUACAGGUUCUUCUGUACAUGGAGCAACUCUAACGUAACAAAUUCAACCUUAAGAGUCCUUGAAGUGUCCUCUGUACCUCAUGGUAGUUACAGACAAAUCACAAUGUCGUUCCAUCUGAUGGUGGUUCCAGUUGUCAGAAAUGGAGAUGCAAGUUAGGAGCUCAUAUAGCCACUGAAGCUGAUUACUUCAAUGUUUGUUUGACUGCAUCUGUGAAACCCACGUGACUCAAAAUCAGUCCGGUGGCAUAUGGAAUUGGAACGACAUCUUCUGAGGAAAAUAGUUUCCUCCCUCCAGCUCCUCGGAAUGUAACAUAGCUGUAAAUUUAUUUGUUUUUAUUUGUUAAAUUUUUAUUCUUUGAAUUUUGAGAUUUACUUUCUGCCAAUCCUGGGGCAUAUUCAAUUAAAUGUGUUGGGUUGGUGGCAUGCUUGAAAUUUAUGGGAGAAGAAACCAACGGGUCCCCAUAUUUUGGUUGAGGGACCUAGCGGUCAUGAGAGAAUAGAUUUGUUGUCGUUGGUUAGGUUCAAUGAGUUGAGAUAAAGGAAGUAUGAUUUUGCAAUGACCCCUCCAGGGGUGAUAGUAUGGUUGGAAGAAUGAUCUUUCAGGUACUCGUGAAAAGAGUUCCUUGGUAUGAGUUUUGAGUUUUACAA